AUGGCUACCGAAGGAUCCCUCCAGGACCUCCAGGAGAAUGAGAUCGAGUCCAACUGGGACCAGAUCGUCGACAACUUCGACAACAUGGAGCUGAAGCCCGAGCUGCUCCGUGGUAUCUACGCCUACGGUUUUGAGCGCCCCUCUGCUAUCCAGCAGCGCGCCAUUGUCCCCGUCAUCAAGGGCCACGACGUCAUCGCGCAGGCCCAGUCCGGUACCGGAAAGACCGCGACGUUCUCGAUUUCCAUCCUCCAAAAGCUCGACCCGAACAUCAAGGGCACCCAGGCGCUCAUCCUCGCGCCCACCCGUGAGCUCGCCCAGCAGAUUCAAAAGGUCGUCAUCGCCCUCGGCGACUACAUGCAGAUCGAGUGCCACGCUUGCGUUGGCGGCACGAACGUCCGUGAGGACAUGGCCAAGCUCCAGGAGGGCGUCCAGGUCGUCGUCGGUACCCCCGGCCGUGUGUUCGACAUGAUCAACCGUCGUGCGCUGCGCACUGACAACAUCAAGAUCUUCUGUCUCGACGAGGCCGACGAAAUGUUGUCCCGCGGUUUCAAGGACCAGAUCUACGAGGUCUUCCAGCUCCUCCCCCAGGAUACCCAGGUCGUCCUUCUGUCGGCCACCAUGCCCGCCGACGUGCUGGAGGUCACCAAGAAGUUCAUGCGUGACCCCAUUCGGAUUCUCGUCAAGCGCGACGAGCUGACCCUCGAGGGUAUCAAGCAGUUCUACAUCGCUGUCGAGAAGGAGGAGUGGAAGCUGGACACGCUGUGCGAUCUUUACGAGACCGUUACGAUCACCCAGGCCGUCAUCUUCUGCAACACGAGGAGAAAGGUCGACUGGCUCACGGAGAAGAUGCACUCGCGGGAGUUCACCGUGUCUGCCAUGCACGGCGACAUGGACCAGAAGCAGCGCGAGCUCCUGAUGAAGGAGUUCCGUUCUGGCUCUUCGCGUGUGCUGAUCACCACGGAUCUGCUCGCGCGUGGAAUCGACGUGCAGCAGGUGUCCCUGGUCAUCAACUACGACCUUCCCACCAACCGCGAGAACUACAUUCAUCGUAUCGGUCGUGGCGGUCGUUUCGGACGGAAGGGUGUCGCCAUCAACUUCGUCACCACGGAGGAUGUGCGGAUGCUGCGUGAUAUCGAACAAUUCUACAACACCCAGAUUGAUGAAAUGCCUCUUAACGUCGCCGACCUGAUUUAG